AUGGCUCAAGUUGGCGGCGAUAAUGGGGCAGCAGAAGAUGCCACUUCUACAAUUAUAGAAAAAUUAAAACCAGCGAUUUCUGAAACUAAACAAGUUAUUGGUCAUGCAGCACAAAAAAGCAAAAAUUGGUUUACUUAUGGAGUGAUAGCGUUAAAUGCCAUACCUUUAACAAUCCUAUUGACAUUUCUUUUUGUUACAACAAGUAUUGUUGUGUUGAUCAUUGGUACCAGAAUCUUUUUGGCCAAAGGAUUUUUCAUUGGUGUUGGAUCAUUUUUCUUUGUUCCUGUAAUGAUCAUAAUGAUUUUUGCAUCACAAGAUAAUACAACAUCGUUGUCUUUUGAUACUCAACACAUCCUUUCUAAAACUAGUAAAGUUCUUACAGGCGGUAAAGAAGGUGGUAUUGGUGGUGAUGCAAGCAGAGGCAAGAAGAAUUUAAUUGAAGAAAUAAUAAUUUUACUGUAUUGA